AGCCAACCCAGAAGCCACAGCCUCACCGCGCACGCCGACUGCAGACACCUAAACCUCGCAGGCAACCGGCCGCCGCCGCCGCCGCCGCCGUCGUCGUAGUAAGAGGAGAAGGGGGGAAGAUGUCGUUCCGGGCGCGGGAAAUGUAUAAGAAGGUGGUGCAGCGCGUGGGCGGCGAGGGUAAGCUGCCGGCGGAGCUGAUGGAAUCGGUGAAGAACAUGCUGCCCAACAGCAAGGUCGUCAUGGGGCGGGCCAAGCGCGGCAUCUUCGCCGGCCGCCACAUCCAGUUCGGGAACAAGGUCUCCGAGGACGGUGGCAACAAAUCAAGGCGAACAUGGAAGCCAAAUGUUCAGGAGAAGCGCCUUUUCAGCUAUAUUCAUGACCGGCACAUUAAAGUCAAAGUUACCACUCAUGCACUCAGGUGCAUUGACAAAGCUGGUGGGAUAGAUGAAUACCUCCUGAAGACACCUUACUACAAAAUGGAUACUGAGAUGGGGAUAGUGUGGAAAGCAAAGAUUGAAAAGAUGUAUUCAGAGCUGGCUGAAAUGGAAAUAGGCUUCUUCCCUCCUGAGGAAGAGGCUAAGAUUGAACAGGGUUUUGAUGAGGUUCGUGCUGCCAAGAGAGAGUUCCGUAGGGAAGCAAGAAGAGCUUUGGCAAAGCAGAAGCAGUUAGAAGCAGGUAAUGCUGAUGAUGAACAAACGACUGAAGUGGAGAUACAAAGGAAGAUGUAUGAUGCUGCCGCGAAGGAGCCUGCAUACCUGUCUUGAGAGAUCAAAGAAGGCAGAGAAAUGUCGGGCGUCCUUGGUCAAAUAAUGGAGGCUUAUUAUUUGCUAUCUUGCAUAUUAUCUACCCCCCCCCCCCCAAUUUUACGAAGCAGCUGUGUAUGUUAAGCCAAAGUGUCAUAUUGAUGUUGUAAGCAUUUGCAAAUUUGGUGCAAAUUUUGUACAAUCAUCAAAUACUCUAGUCUAGUUUCAGAAUUCAGAUAGUUUUUCUUCUAGAAUUUUGUGUUUUCUACUACUGUCAUUUCAGCCGAAUUGCCGAAAUAAUCUACGUUUGACAGGAUAAAUGAUAAAUUACCUAGAGUUAUAACAUCCCAGCUCAUUUAUGUUA